UGCAAUAGUUUCGUUACAGGACCAUCAUCUUCAAAAGCGGAAGAGCCGGAGUUGGUCCGAGAAAAACGAGACUACUUCUAUUCACCAUAUUAUUAUGGCAAUCAGCUCUUGGUGGCGGCCAAUCCACCAAAUGUGUACCUACAAAAGUGGAUCACACACGAGCACAAUCGCUAUCGGCGGAUGGUGCCCGCAUCGGAUAUGAACAUGCUGUACUGGUCUGACGAAUUAGCGGCUUCUGCACAGCGACAUGCGAACACCUGCGAUUUUCGGCACUCCAGAGGCCGGAGGAACAUUGGCGAGAAUAUCUGGGCAGCGCCUUACAGCAAUUAUUCGGAUGCGAUAUCUCUAUGGUUCAAUGAGGUGCAUAAUCCGCGAUGCGCUUGCAAUCACGCCUACAAGCACUGCUGUGGACACUACGUUCAGGUGGUAUGGGCAAAGACGAACUUGGUCGGUUGUGGUUUCGCCAGAUGUCGUGACGUGCAGGGUGUGCUCGGCCGUGGUCAUCGCAACGUCUUCGUCUGCCACUACAAUCCACAAGGAAACACGGUAUUCGUCACUGGAUCAGGACAGCUUUACGCGGUUCCGCUUCACAUGGGCCACCGGCAACAAGGGCCGCUGUUCGGACUGUCCGCCGUCGGCACCGGCCUGCUUCCAAGGGCUCUGCUACAUGCCAAGCGUUCACCAUACUGCCGCCCCGUACAUGCCAGUCGAACACCACACAUCCACUGCUCCUCACCUGCCACUGAUUUCUCCCAGUCCACGGAGUACACCGACUCGACCGAGUCAACCACCUGGAGCGACUCUACUAGUUCACCUGAUCAAGACUUCAGGUUUUAA